AUGGCAGCGCAAGAAGACUUGCUGCGCGUGUCUAUUGACCGCGGAGGCACGUUCUGUGACUGCAUUGGGUCGCGCAGGGGCAAAGACGAUAUCGUCAUCAAGUUGAUCCUGCCAACUACAAGGAUGCACCCACAGAGGGGUGAGCUUCCUGGCUGGUUAUCUCAGCUGACAGAUAGAAUUCGUCGCAUUCUGAGCAUUGCAGAGGGGCGCGAGAUCUCCAAAAGCGAGAAGCUCAAGCUCGACGGCAUCGAGAGCAUCCGCAUGGGAACGACCGUGUCGACGAACGCGUUGCUGGAACGCCAGGGAGAGCGCUGCGCCCUCCUCACGAGUGAAGGCUGGGGUGAUGUGCUUCUCAUCGGCAUGCAGGCGCGUCCCGACAUUUUCGACCUUAGUAUUCAAAAGCUAGCCUUCCUCUAUGACGAGGUCGUUGAGAUUGGCGAGCGCAUCACCCCCCUGCAGUCGCUCGUCUGCGCACCCGUUCCAGUCCCCGAGUCCACCGAUAUCAUCAAGGACACCACGACGGGUGAAGUUGUUCGCAUCCUGUCCCGCCCCGAUGAGGCGCAGGUCAAGGAGAAGCUUCAGGCGCUGUGGGACAAGGGUAUCCGCUCCGUCGCUGUCGCCUUCGUCCACUCAUAUCUCUGGAACGAGCACGAGGAGUUUGUCGCCAAGAUCGCACGCGACAUGGGCUUCCAGGUUUCGGUCUCUUCCGACCUCCAGCCGAUGAUCAAGCUCGUGUCUCGCGCCAACUCGUCGAUCGCCGAUGCAUACCUGACUCCCGUCACUCGUCGAUACAUCGAGGGCUUCGGAGCUGGCUUCGAGGGCGGCCUCGCGGCUUUCGGUUCCAAGCUGCUUUUCAUGCAGAGUGAUGGUGGACUUUGCGCGUGGGACCAAUUCUCCGGUCUUCGAGCGAUUUUGUCUGGUCCCGCCGGCGGUGUCGUCGGAUACUCGAAGACGUGUUAUGACGGAGAGCGCGGCCGUGCUCUGAUUGCAGUUGACAUGGGCGCACGGACGUUUCACGUUAUGACGGCAAGCUGGAGCAUGUCUUCGAGACGACGACGGCUGAAGGCGCCGCAGCUUGACAUCAACACCGUCGCGGCUGGAGGUGGUUCCCGUCUUUUCUACAAGCAUGGCAUGUUCGUCGUCGGGCCCGAGUCGGCGACAGCUCACCCUGGUCCUGCGUGUUACCGGAAGGGUGGCCCUCUGGCUGUUACGGACGCGAAUCUGAUCCUGGGACGCCUGCUUCCGGAACAUUUCCCGCAUAUCUUUGGCCCGAACGAGGACGAGCCGCUGGAUCUUGACGCGAGCAGGCGUCUAUUCGCUGAGCUCACGGAGGAGAUUAACAAGGGCAAGAACGACAAGCUCAGCGUCGAGCAGGUCGCUGCCGGCUUCCUCCGUGUUGCGAACGAGACCAUGUGUCGACCUAUUCGAACCGCGUCGCAUCACCUUGUCAUGUUCGGUGGUGCCGGUGGACAACACGGAUGUGCGAUCGCUGGUGCUCUGGGUAUUAAGCGCAUCAUUAUCCCGCGUCUGUCUUCGCUGCUGUCGGCGUACGGCAUGGCUCUUGCGGAUGUUGUGCAGGAACUCAGCGAACCGGCGGCUUACGUCGUCACUGGUAACCGCGAGGUCGGCAAGGUGACUGAGCGCAUGGGUGCGCUGGUGAAGCGUGCGGAGGAAGCGCUGCAGAAGCAGGGCUUCCCGUCCGAGCGUAUCCAGUGCGAGCGAUACCUAAACUGCCGCUACUCUGGAUCAUCUACGCAGCUCAUGGUUGAGCUUCCCGAGGAUGGCGAUGUCGAGAAGCGAUUCGUUGAGGAGCACCGCCGCGAGUUUGGUUUCAACCUGGAGCGCGAUAUUGUCGUCGACGACCUGCGUGUGCGUGGCGUCGGCCACUCACUUGGCUCAGCGACCCGCUCCCCUUACGCGGACUUUGAAGAGCUGAAGAAGUCUGCCCACGACACGAGCAGCCUCAAGCAGAAGCAAAUCUACUUCGACAAUCUCGGCUGGGUUGACUCUGUUGUCGUGCCGCUUGCGGAUCUGAAGGACGGCGAACAGGUGACUGGCCCCGCCGUCAUCUUCGACAAGACGCAGACCAUUCUUGUGGAGCCGGGCCACAUCGCCACUUCGCUCCCGGAGCAUGUUGUCAUCGAUGCUGUUGACGCUGACGCGACGAAGAAGGGCGAUGCAGAGGAGAACCUGGAGGAUCUUGACCAGGUAGACCCCGUCCAGCUCUCUGUCUACGGCCACAGGCUGAUGGGUAUUGCCGAGCAGAUGGGCAAUGUUCUGCGCAAGAUCAGUAUCAGUAUCAACAUCAAGGAGCGUCUCGACUACUCGUGCGCCAUCUUUGACGUUGACGGUGGUCUUGUGGCGAAUGUGCCGCAUAUCCCGUGCCACCUGGGUGCGAUGUCGCACGCUGUCCGCCACCAGGCUCGUAUCCACGGCGACACUCUGCAGGAGGGAGACAUCCUUCUGUCGAACCACCCCGCCUCUGGUGGUUCGCAUCUUCCCGACCUCACCGUGAUCAUGCCUGCAUUCCACAACGGCAAAAUCAUCUUCUGGACGGCUGCGCGCGCGCACCACGCGGACAUUGGCGGCAUCCGUGCUGGCUCGAUGCCGCCCUUCUCCAAGGAGCUGUGGGAGGAGGGUGCCCAGUUCCGUUCGUUCAAGCUCGUCAAGGCGGGCAAGUUUGACGAGGAAGGUGUUACUGCUGCGCUGAACAAGCCUGGCGAGUAUCCCGGCUGUGAGCCGACGCGCACGCUGCGCGACAACAUCUCCGACCUGCAUGCCCAAGUUGCCGCGUGCCACCGCGGUGCGGUCCUGAUCAACCAGCUUGUCGACGAGCAGGGACUGCAGACGGUGCAGUUCUACAUGAAGGCUAUCAUGCACACGGCCGAGAAGGCCGUCCGUGAACUCCUUCGCAAGGUCGCGGAGAAGUUUGGCGGCAAGCCUCUCGAGGCGGAGGACUUCCUCGACGAUGGCACGAGACUGCAGCUCAAGAUCUCGAUCGACGGAGAGAAGGGCGAUGCCACCUUUGACUUUACGGGUACUAGCCCGCAGACGUACAACAACCUGAACACGCCCACUGCGAUCCUGUUUAGCAGUAUCAUCUACGUCCUGCGCUCGCUGAUUGUGUCUGACCUGCCGCUGAACCAGGGCUGCCUGUCUCCAAUCACGGUCAUCGUGCCCCCAGAGUCUCUCCUUGCGCCAGGAGAUGGCGUCGCGGUCUGCGCCGGCAAUGUCGAGUCAUCGCAGCGUGUAACGGAUGUCAUCCUGAAGGCGUUCCAGGCCUGCGCCGCGUCUCAGGGCUCGUGCAACAACCUCACAUUCGGCAAGGGCCCGACAGACGUCAACGGCAAGACCCAGCCGGGCUUCGGGUAUUACGAGACCAUCGCCGGUGGAUCAGGCGCGGGACCGACGUGGGACGGCCAGUCCUGCGUGCACGUGCACAGCACAAACACCUGUAUCCGCCGCGUCGUGCCGCCGUACGGCAUGGCGGGAGGCGAGCCGGGCAAGCGCGGCGAGAACCUGUGGUUCCGCAAGAAGCACGACCAGCCCAAGAAGGACAAGGACACCGACAAGUCCGAGGCCAACGCCGAGAUCCCGGGCAUCAAGGAGGCGUCCGAGGUAAGCGACAGCGCCAAGAAGAAGGACGACUGGUUCAGCAGCACCGACUACGACGUCAUCAACCUCGGCGGCUCGAACCAGUGCACAAUGCAUGCUGGCGACCGCAUCGUGAUCUGCACGCCUGGCGGAGGAGGCUAUGGCCCCGUCGACGCCGAGCCGGAGUCGGAGCCGGAGACGGAGCCGGAGGACGCCAAGACGGACCGUCACAUCCCUCGUGCCCAGGGCUCGCUUGCAAACUGGAACGCGGCGGCGCACUCCAACUAG